CCGGAUGAGCAGCGAUGGGGGAAUGGACCAUCCUAGAGAGACUCCUGGAGGCGGCUGUGCAGCAGCACUCGACUAUGAUAGGGAGAAUCCUGCUGACCGUGGUGGUGAUCUUCCGGAUACUCAUCGUGGCCAUCGUGGGAGAAACGGUGUACGAUGACGAGCAAACCAUGUUUGUGUGCAACACGCUGCAGCCAGGCUGCAACCAGGCGUGUUACGACCAGGCAUUCCCGAUUUCGCACAUCAGGUACUGGGUGUUCCAGAUCAUCAUGGUCUGCACGCCCAGCCUCUGCUUUAUCACCUACUCUGUGCACCAGUCUGCUAAGCAGCGCGAGAGGAGAUACUCCACUGUCUUCCUCGCCUUGGACAGGGACCAGGACUCAAUGAAACGCGAGGACAGCAAGAAGAUCAAGAACACCAUUGUCAACGGAGUGCUGCAGAACACCGAGAACUCCACCAAGGAAGCCGAGCCGGACUGCUUGGAGGUGAAGGAAAUCCCCAACCCCGCCCUCCGAACGACAAAGUCAAAGAUGAGGCGGCAGGAAGGCAUCUCCAGGUUUUACAUCAUCCAGGUAGUUUUCCGAAAUGCCCUGGAGAUCGGAUUCCUAGUGGGACAAUAUUUCCUGUAUGGAUUCAACGUCCCUUCCAUGUAUGAAUGUGAUAGGUACCCCUGCAUUAAAGAAGUGGAGUGCUAUGUCUCCAGACCCACGGAGAAGACUGUCUUCUUGGUGUUCAUGUUUGCAGUGAGUGGGAUUUGUGUGGUGCUCAAUUUGGCAGAACUGAAUCACUUGGGCUGGAGAAAGAUUAAAAUGGCAGUGAGAGGAGUACAAGCGAAAAGGAAAUCCAUAUACGAAAUCAGAAACAAGGACUUGCCAAGAAUGAGCGUGCCGAACUUUGGCAGGACUCAGUCGAGUGACUCAGCCUAUGUGUGAGGCUGUGACAGAACUGAAACACUCUGCCAGGUGGAACUGACCCAGACAUUAGGGAAAGGUACAUUGCUGAGGCAAGCAUUUUAGCAAACCACCAAGAAAGCCACUAAGGUAUUGGGACUGCACUUACUGAACUAGGUGCAAAAUGCAGUGCUAAGUAAAAGACUGAAGGAAAAGCUGUAAAACCAUGCUUGAUCUGGCCUUACAGUACAGUUACUGUUUUCUAAUGAUCCAAUAUUAUCUCUUGAAUGGAGUAGUUUUUUGGUCAUCAUUAAGAUGAGAUUACAGGCGGGACUGUCUGAUUUAUUGUUGUAAUCGCAUGUAGAAUGAUUAUAGCUAAAAAAAUUACAAGGAUGCUGUUUUCCGGGGUAUGUACAGGGGAAUUCUGUAAUAUACAAUUGCAAGCACAUUUUCAAAGGAGGUUAAUUGCACUGGUAAGCACCUGACCAGAAGCCCAACCAAUAGGUCUGUGCACUUGCAUCCUCAAGGAUGUCUGGUGUUAUUUUGUCUGUCCCAGCCACAGAAUUUAUUGCUGGUGUAUAUUAUUAGCUAUUUUCUAACAUCAUUUUGUACAACAAUUACACAACACAAUCAUGCUGAACAUAAUUUUGCCAUUUUUGUUUGCCUGUCUGUUCACACCAGUGACCUUAAUCAUCUUAUGCUAGUUGGGAAUCUACCAAAUUUGUCAGUAUGUUUUCAAAACUUAUCCUGAUGUGUAUAAAUAAGAUGGAACUAAUUAACGUAAGUAACCUAUGGUCAUCUGGCAAAUAUACCAAAGGAACAGAGUUUGUUGCUUUUAACUGUGAAUAUGUCAUCUUCUCUCUGCUCUUAUUCAUAUAAGUGCCAUAUUUGCAACAUCUAACUCUGUUUUUAGUCAAAGAAUUGUCCAGGGGUACCAACUGGAGUAACGUGGUUUUAUACUCUCCUUUAUUUAUUUUAUGCUAUUUGUAUAGUCAUGGCAAUGGUGUAAAAAGCAGCUGGUAAUUCUAUUGAUAAAUAAAGUACUUGCCUUUUUUUUGUAAAACAGAGACCAUUGCUCUUUUUGUUUUAAUAAUAUGCAUGUCUAUAAACAUAUGAGAUCAAAAUAUAAACUCCUCUGGAAUUAGUGUUCAGGUAUUCAAAGUAUCCCAUUCAUGGUUUUAGCACUAAUUGAUAGAAAGAUGGGAAAUUAAGACUGUCAGAUACAGCUGAAUUGCUCAGUAAGCUACCUCUGUGCCUUUAGCCCAUAUUCAAAUAAGUGGGAUUCUUUCCAUUGACUUCAGUGAGCACUGGCUCAGACCCUUAGCUGGUUGCCAAGGCCACUCUGUGAAUUCCCCAAUCUGUCCAUUGGCCUACAUCUAAAACAAUUACAUGCCUUCACCAUGAAGUCCAAAGGAUAGCCUCAGCAAACUGCCAGAGUUCCACAGGCCCUUAGUUGGUUCAAGAGCUACACUUGUCCAGUCUCAACAACUUAAUAUCAAGCCAUUCGGUGGGUCACAAAC